CGCCCCCGUCCCGCCUCUUCCUGCGGGGCGGCGGGAAGGGCGCGGGGCCGCCGCCGCUGGCCCUAUGGAGCGGGCGCUUUUCGCCUGGGGUGCGAACAGCUAUGGACAACUUGGUCUUGGUCAUAAAGAGGAUGUGCUGGUACCUCAGUCACUGAAAGAUGUUUCCUGCAAAUAUCAAGGUUUUAAAAGCAUUACUGGAGGAGGAGGACACUCUGCGGUUAUCACUGAUGCUGGAGAGCUCUUUGUAUGUGGCCAUAACAGAGAAGGACAGUUGGGAUUGAAUCACUCAGAGGAUGCACUGCAUUUCACUUUGUGCACUGCCCUGUCUGGCUUUUGCGUGACACAAAUUGCUUGUGGUUGGGACUUUACAAUCAUAUUAAUAGGAACUGGCCUAGUUCUCUCCUGUGGGUCUAACUCUUUUGGACAAUUAGGAGUUCCUCAAAUUUCAUGUCCAUGCUUGAUUCCACAAAAGAUUGAGUCCCUGAAAGAGAAGGUGGUGGAUAUUGCUGCAGGACUGAGGCAUGCCCUUGCUGCUACAGAGAGUGGUUCAGUGUUUCAGUGGGGAACUGGCAUGGCAUCUCGGGCAAAGCGUGCAAGCCAAGGAAAAACUCUCCCCCUGUUCUUGACAGCCAAGGAACCCUGUGGAGUAACAGGCCUGGAAGAUGUAAAGGUGAAGAGAGUUGCUGCAAGCUCCUACCAUUCGGUGUCACUCACAGAUGAAGGAUGCCUCUAUGUCUGGGGUAGCAACAAACAUGGGCAGCUAGUGAGCAAAGAGAUCUUUCUCGUUGAGCCCAAGAAGAUAGAGGCUCAUUUUUUCUCAUAUGAAAAAAUUGGAGCCGUUUGGAGUGGAUGGACACACUUGGUGGCACAAACAGAAACUGGCAAGGUAUUCACCUGGGGCAGAGCAGACUAUGGGCAACUUGGAAGGCGUGCAGUGGUUCCCAAUGGACAGGAGGCGUGCGGAGGAUCGGAACAAUGCUUGGAGCAGUUAUGUAACAUCCCUAUUUCAGUGCCUUGUCUAGAUGGAGCGUCUCAGAUUGCAUGUGGCUCAGAGCAUAAUCUGGCAGUAAUUGGUGGCUGCUGCUUCUCCUGGGGAUGGAACGAACAUGGGAUGUGCGGUGACGGCACUGAAGCGAACGUCCAUGUCCCGAAGCUGGUCGAAGCUCUUGGUUGCGCAGAGCAGAUGAUAGUCGGGUGCGGGGCAGGGCACUCCAUGGCUUUCUGUCAAACUCCGCGUUAGACUCGCCGCUCCAGGAACCACAGCAUCACGGAUGGGGACGUCUUUGCAAAGGGUGGCUCAGGAGGGCUGCGAGAGGAUUACCUAUAAUUGACACAAUAGUCUGAAGAUGCAGAGGAACUUUGUUCCAAAGCCAAAAGGAAUGAUGCUUAGAAAGCUAUUACAUAAAGACAAACUGAAAAAAAAAAAUAUAUAUAUGUAUAUAUAUAAAAAAAAUUAUUUCAUGGGUUCUUUUCACAGGAAUUGUACUCACAGGUAGAAUGACAAACAUUUUGCUUUGAUGCAAUACCAGUGAAGAAGGAAUGACUCUUCCUUGUUCUUCUGAGAUGUUUUUGGAAGAGGAAACUGACUGCCUAAUCACUGAUCAUCAGAGUCUAAAUUCUGUCUGAGGAACUAGUGUGAGGAGGUGAACACCCAGGGCUACUUCUGCUCUUUUAUUUUUGUAUCUUUGUCAUGAUGAAUAUAUGUAGCACCUGCCAACUUCUGCCAGAGUAGUGAGCUCCCAGAAUCUCUGAAAACCUCAUUUGCAUCACAGAGAAGUGUCAGUGGACGUAAAUAUAUGCAUGCACAUUUCUUUAAACAGAAGGAUCAGGAUUUAAAAGAACGAAGGAGGUGUAAUUUAGAAAGCUGACAAAAGGGAGAAAGCAAGGGCCUUCUGAAACUAUCUUGAUUAAACUGUGAAAGGAGCAGCAAUUACGAAGAAUUAUUUUCUGUACCAGGCACCAGUUGAUUGCAGAUUUUCAGGGAUGCAGAUCCACCACAAUUUUCAUUAAGUUGCAAACCAGACCUAAAGUUUUUGAAGCUAAUACUUUGGGAAGAAAAGCCUUUAAGAGUUUUUGGAAAUGAUAGAAAACUUGUUGAAGGGCGUAAGUCAGCUGUAGCAGUUGAGGACAGCUGGAUCCAACAUAGCUCCAGUGGUUCUAGCUGCCUUUGAAAAGGAAGACCUCCCAGUCUAAAAGGAAAGUUUCUACCAGUUCUCCAGCCUACCAGCCUAAAAUGCAUCUCACAGUGGUCCUGAUAAUUUCAGGCUGGUUCUCGCAUCUGUUUCUCAGCCGAGCUGAGUUACUGUUCAGAGCAUGCCCACAAUGCUUGCUCCAGGUGAGUGCUUGGCAGAGGGAAGGUAGGCCUAACACCUGUUUUGGUGGGAGAAAUGGAAAAGUGUAAGUUACUUUCAGAUAUUACUGACUGCUUAUACUAAGGAGAAUUUUGGAAGCUAGUUAUAAAACUUUUGCACACACAUACAGUGGAUGCCAUUAGACUGGAUGCUUACCACCCACGAUAGUUAAAUUUGCUGUGGUGUUUGAUGUAUUCAAAGCUCUAAAUAUAGAGAAUACUACUGUGUUCUAAGUGCACCUUUUAAUGAGCCCCACUGUUGCUAAACAGUGGUUUAUUUUUAAAGCAAGCUUGCCAGGGAAGGAGCCUUACAAAAUGCUAGGAGAAGGACUCUUAGAAAAUAGGACAGGAAAACUUUCUAAUGAUGUAUCAGUUCAGUCAUGAGGAGGAGGAAUUAUGGUAGUAAUAUGCUCUGUGAGGAUAUCUUUUCCGCUUAGUUUUACAGUAGUCAUAGUUCAUGGCCUUAUUUUCAGAUGCAAUAUCUUUUCUGUUGAAUGGAGAAGAAACUCAAGCUGACUAUGAAGCUGAUUAUAACUGCAUUAAAGACAUUGAAAGAAACAUGAAAAUAAUAACAAAAUGGGUGCUCUGCAAAAAAUGCAGAAUGAAGCCUUCUGUUGUGAUUUUUCUUUUUUUAAAUCCCUGUGUUGGUUGUGGCUGUUCAUGGUAAUAUAUUGCUCCAGGCUGCUACCUCUUGCACUUUUUCUUACCUGAGGAGGUUGCUGUUUAUUGAUUCUCCCCCUUGCUGCUUUCCAGAUGCAGCAGUCUCUCUGAUAUAUGCACUGAACAGUUUUGCAUACUUUUCUGGCUGUUGUCUUUGUCAAGGCUUUUACCUUCCUUUCCCUCCAAAAUCCAUGUACUGAAUAAACAUGCUAUCCUGUUUCAGUAA